AUGUCGGUCGUGGGACAUGCCAAGUAUUGGGCUGAUAAGCUGGCCGUUGAGACGGAGCCUGGCCUGACCUCGGCCCAGCUCAUGCUCUACAAUCUCGAUCUGAAACCGGUCGAGAAGGAGCGCCGGCUUUGGGGCGCCUGGAACUAUGUCGGCUUCUGGAUCGCCGAUAGUGUCAACAUCGGCACAUGGAUGAUUUCCUCUUCCAUGAUUGCCGGUGGCCUCUCGUGGUGGCAGGCGUGGCUGUGCGUCUGGAUAGGCUACGCCAUCUCCGCCGUCUUCAUCGUCAUCAGCGGUCGCAUCGGCGCCAUCUACCAUCUCAGCUUCCCUGCUCUGAGCCGCGCUUCUUUUGGUGUCUGGGGCAGCGCAUGGCCGAUAUUCAAUCGUGCCGCAAUGUCGUGUGUUUGGUAUGGAGUCGUCGCGUACAUCGGUGGCCAGUGUGUGUACGUCAUGAUCCGCUCAAUCUGGACGUCGUGGGAUGCCACCAAGAUGCCAGGUGCGUUUGGCACCUCGGCGACAAACACCCCCGAAUACGUCUCGUUCAUCAUCUUUUGGCUGCUGUCUCUGCCUGUGCUCUGGUUUCCGGUGCACAAGCUCCGACACUUGUUCACGGCCAAGGCAUUCAUUGCUCCAGCCGGCGCCACGGCGUUUCUCGUCUGGGCACUCGUUCGCGCCAAGGGGGCCGGCCCGAUCAUCAGUCAGCCAACCACUCUUCAAGGCUCCGACCUGGCUUGGGAAAUUGUCAAGGGCAUCAUGUCAUCGAUUGGCAACUUCGCGACGCUCAUUGCCAACGCCAGCGACUUUACCCGCUUUGCUCGCAAGCCUGCCCACGCUGCUUGGCCACAGCUAGUCAUCAUUCCGACCUCGUUCGCCAUCACAUCUCUCUACGGCAUUCUGGUCUCGUCGUCAUCUGCGGUUAUUUACGGGGAAUAUGUUUGGAAUCCUGUCCUUCUACUUGGCAAGUUCAUCGACGACGGCAGCUCUGCAGACCGGUUCGGUGUCUUUGUGAUUGCGUUUACGCUGGCAUUCGCGCAGUUGGGUACCAACGUUUCCGCGAAUUCUGUCUCUACGGGCACCAGCUUGGCAGCUCUUGUCCCCCGCUACAUCGAUAUUCGACGCGGUAGCUACAUUUGCGCCAUUGUUGGCCUGGCAAUAUGUCCCUACAACUUUGUUGGCUCCUCGAGCAAGUUCACUACCUAUCUGUCGGCAUACAGCGUGUUCCUCAGCUCCAUCACUGGUGUCAUUGUGGCAGACUAUUACUUUGUGCGCAAAGGUUUCCUCUGCGUCAACGACUUGUACAAUGCUCGGAAGACAGGUCCGUACUAUUACACGUAUGGCGUCAACUGGCGUGCAUACGCUGCAUACAUUUGCGGUAUCCUCAUCAAUGUAGUCGGCUUUGCUGGCGCGGUCGGCGCCACUGUACCUCAGGGCGCAAUGUACAUUUUUCAGGUCAACUUCUUCACCGGGUUUGGUGUUUCGGUGGGCAUCUACUAUGCGCUCUGCAAGUUGUUCCCUGUGCCUGCGACAAGCAAAGUCUGGAUGGAAAUUGGUGUCGAGGACGAAGACUUUCGACCGCAAUACCACGACGAGAAGAUGCCAGACGAGGAAAUGGACGUUGGCGUCGCGGAACUGGAGUCCAAGAACUCAAAAACGAUGGCAUAG